AAUUAUUAAGCCCAAUUGGGCCUGUAAAGUUCAAAACAUGAAACUAAUUCGAUCUUCUUCUCAAUUACAAAUUUGAGAAAACUACAAACUUAUUAAGCUUUUUCACAUAUGACAUCUCCAAGCACAAGCAAGAAUCAUCGAUGCUUAAACCUAAUCCCAAAAUGCAAAUCCUUACAAAACCUCAAACAAAUCCAUGCCCAAACCAUCACAAUCGGUCUCUCUCACCACACAUAUCCUCUAAGUAAACUCCUUCACUUAUCCUCCACCAUCUGCUUAUCCUACGCACUCUCUAUCUUACGCCAAAUCCCAAAUCCUUCCGUCUUCCUCUACAACACUCUCAUCUCCUCCAUCGUCUCUAAUCACAAUUCCACCCAAACCCAUCUCGCGUUUUCUCUCUACGAUCAGAUUUUGAGCUCAAGAUUCAAUUUUGUUAGACCUAAUGAAUUUACUUACCCUUCUUUAUUCAAAGCUUCUGGCUUUGACACGAAAUGGCAUCGCCAUGGGAGAGCUCUUCAUGCCCAUGUGUUGAAAUUCAUCGAACCGGUGAAUCAUGAUCGGUUUGUGCAAGCUGCUUUAGUUGGGUUUUAUGCGAAUUGUGGUGAAUUGAGAGAAGCUAGGUCAUUGUUUGAGAGAAUUAGUGAACCUGAUUUGGCUACUUGGAAUACUCUUCUUGCUGCUUACGCUAAUUCCGAAGAAACUGAGAGUGAUGAAGAGGUUUUGAAGUUGUUUGUUAGAAUGCAAGUGAGACCUAACGAGCUUUCUCUUGUAGCUUUGAUCAAAUCUUGUGCAAAUUUAGGUGAGUUUAUGAGAGGUGUUUGGGCUCAUGUGUAUCUCUUGAAGAAAAAUUUGACUCUAAACCAGUUUGUGGGGACUUCUCUCAUCGAUUUUUAUUCGAAAUGCGGAUGUUUGAGUUUCGCACGCCAAGUGUUCGAUGAAAUGUCUGACAGAGAUAUAUCAUGUUUUAACGCAAUGAUUCGUGGUUUAGCAGUUCACGGGUUUGGUCAAGAAGGUAUUGAAUUGUACAAUAGCUUGAUCUCCCAAGGAUUAGUCCCGGACAAUACAACUUUCGUGGUGACGAUAUCAGCAUGUUCGCACUCGGGUUUAGUCGACGAAGGUCUCCAAAUAUUUCACUCGAUGAAAACGGUUUACGGGAUCGAGCCUAAAGUUGAGCAUUACGGAUGUUUAGUUGAUCUACUGGGCCGAUCCGGGAAGUUAGAAGAAGCGGAAGAAUGCAUCAAGAAGAUGCCGAUGAAGCCAAAUGCGACGCUAUGGAGAUCGUUUCUAGGGUCAGCUCAAAUUCACGGUGACUUGGAGAGGGGUGAAAUUGCACUAAAACAAUUGUUGGGGUUAGAAUUCGAAAACAGCGGAAAUUAUGUGCUCUUGUCGAAUAUUUACGCCGGAGUUAACCGUUGGACUGACGUAGAGAAGACCCGGGAACUUAUGAAAGACCACCGUGUGAAUAAAUCUCCGGGAAUUACAGCAGCCAUCGUCUUCUCCGAUUCUCCGUUUCGUUCUUCACCAUUAAUCCAUAACCAUCAUGUUUCUCGUUAUGCUCCUGGAUCCGUCUCUGUCGUCUCCUUCAACCGUCGAGCUUCCCGCCGUGGUCUCGCCGUGAAAUCGGCGUUGAUUGAGCCAGACGGAGGAAAACUCAUGAACCUCGUAGUCGAAGAGUCACGGCGGCGCGUGAUGAAACGCGAGGCGGAGACGGUUUCCGUAAGGAUCAAGCUGAAUCGUGUGGAUCUAGAGUGGGUACAUGUGCUAAGCGAAGGCUGGGCAAGUCCUCUCAAAGGUUUCAUGAGACAGUCAGAGUUCCUCCAAACACUUCAUUUUAACUCGUUCCGACUCGAAGACGGCUCCGUCGUCAACAUGUCGGUUCCGAUCGUCCUCGCGAUCGACGACGAUCAGAAGUUUCGUAUCGGAGAUUCCAACCGAGUCACGCUCGUUGACUCGGUUGGUAAUCCGAUCGCGAUUCUUACCGAUAUUGAGAUUUACAAGCAUCCGAAAGAAGAAAGAAUCGCGAGGACAUGGGGAACCACGGCUCGUGGACUUCCUUAUGCGGAAGAAGCAAUCACCAAAGCUGGAAACUGGUUGAUUGGAGGUGAUUUGCAAGUCCUGGAGCCGAUCAAGUACAAUGAUGGUCUUGAUCGGUUUCGUUUAUCUCCAUCUCAGCUGCGGGAGGAGUUUAUAAGGCGCGGUGCGGAUGCGGUUUUCGCUUUCCAGUUAAGGAACCCGGUCCAUAAUGGUCAUGCGCUUCUUAUGACUGAUACUCGUAGAAGGCUCCUUGAGAUGGGUUACAAAAAUCCAGUCUUGUUGCUUAAUCCACUUGGUGGAUUCACUAAAGCUGAUGAUGUACCUCUCAGCUGGCGUAUGAGGCAACACGAGAAGGUGUUGGAGGAUGGUGUACUGGAUCCUGAGACCACUGUAGUCUCCAUCUUCCCAUCUCCGAUGCUAUACGCUGGCCCGACGGAGGUUCAAUGGCACGCCAAAGCUAGGAUCAAUGCGGGAGCUAAUUUCUACAUUGUUGGUCGCGAUCCAGCCGGUAUGGGCCAUCCGACAGAGAAGAGAGAUCUCUAUGAUGCCGAUCACGGCAAGAAAGUGCUUAGCAUGGCUCCAGGACUUGAACGUCUCAACAUUCUUCCCUUCAAGGUUGCUGCAUAUGAUAAAACCCAGGGGAAAAUGGCGUUCUUCGAUCCUUCCAGGUCUCAGGACUUCCUCUUCAUAUCAGGAACCAAGAUGCGUGGCUUGGCGAAGAAGAAAGAGAAUCCACCAGAUGGUUUCAUGUGUCCGUCUGGUUGGAAAGUGUUAGUUGAUUACUACGACAGUCUCAGUGCAGAGUCUGGUAAUGGAAGGGUUUCAGAAGCUGUUGCUUCUGCUUGAAUGCAAAGGUUCCUUGUCCCACAAGUUUUACAUUUCCUGUUUGUUAAGUAACAAAGCUCUGUAACAAAAAGCUUCCAAUAAAACUAAUGUACCAUC